GUCGAGUGUCAAUAGACUUGUCAGUAGAUGUAGUUGUUCCUGCGCAAUACCAUUUUGGUAGUGCUAGCCUCUACCGGCGCACAAUAACACAAUGUUCACUCUAUUGUUUGGCUGUUUGGCCAUUGUCACUUCAGUCUGGGCUGCCCAACCGUCCGCACCAGACCCGAUCCCAGCUCCGCUCCGAGACCUGCCUUGGGGUGAGCUCAACUUCCUUCACACGACCGACACCCACGGCUGGCUCGGGGGUCAUUUACAAGAACCGUCCUUCAGCGCCGACUGGGGCGACUACAUCUCAUUCACAGAGCAUCUCGACAGGAAGGCGAACGGCGACAACGUCGACCUGCUCCUCAUCGAUACUGGAGAUCGGGUAGAAGGGAAUGGACUCUAUGAUAGUUCAGAGCCAAAAGGUCGCUACUUGUUUGAUAUUUAUAAACAACAGCGCAUCGAUUUGAUAUGCUCGGGCAACCAUGAACUCUACAAACGGAACUCGUCCGAGAAUGAGUUCAACAAGACCGUCCCGCAUUAUAAGGAUGGCUACAUCUCCUCAAACAUAGAUAUCUACAGUCCCGAGACUGGCGAGUUGGUCCCGCUUGCGCCUCGCUUUAGAAAACUCAGAACACGCAAUAAGGGCUACAACAUCCUGGCGUUUGGUUUCCUAUUUGACUUCACGGGCAAUGCGAACAAUACGGCGGUAAACACUGUCGAGGAUACCAUCGGGCAGAAGUGGUUUCAAGACGCUAUCCGAGACGAUGACCUUGACCUUAUUGUCAUUAUCGGUCACAUACCCGUCCGAAGCAAGGAGUACACUCUCCUGUUCCGGGCGAUUCGAUCCGUGAAGUGGGAUAUCCCGAUUCAGUUUUUCGGCGGGCAUAUGCACAUCCGGGACUUCAAAGUGUAUGACCGCGUGUCAACCGCUAUAGCGAGCGGGAGAUUCAUGGAGACCAUCGGGUGGCUGUCGAUCUCUGGGCUGCCUGAUCCCGAGAAGCCGAAGGUCAAGAUCAACGAGAAACAGCGAAGUAUCACCGCGAGUCCGUCGUUCUCGAGGCGGUAUAUCGACAAUAACCUGUUCUCACUCAUGCACCACGCGCGGAUGAGCGCAUCCGACUUCCCAACCAAAAAAGGCCAAGCGGUUUCAAAACAGAUCGAGCAUGCUCGCCACGCGCUGAAUCUCGACAAAGUUGUCGGCUGCGCCCCUCAAGACUAUUACCUUUCCAAGAGGCCGUACCCGUCGAGGGAGAGCAUCAUCACCUGGCUUGAAGAGCUCGUCCUCCCAACCGAACUUCAAAAGUCCAAGCGAAGCACGAUCGGCAUCCCAGCGUUCGCCAUUUUAAACACCGGUGCCAUCCGAUUCGAUCUCUUCAAGGGCGUGUACACCCGGGACACCACUUUCUUAGUCUCUCCGUUCACCAGCGGAUUCAAGUAUAUUCCUGACAUCGAGGCCGAGACGGCUCGGAAAGUGCUACAGUUGCUCAAUUCCCAGGGGCCCAUCCUCGAGCAGAUGGCGAAGGAGCACGGCGACCUCACCUGGCUUGCCCCACCUGAGCAAGUUGGCUGGCUGGCCCAAGAAGUGGAGGUUGGUCCAAAACUUGCAGCUGCGCGAAGCGACCAAGUUGUCUUCGGGGACGACGGUCAUAAACACGACGAUCUGGUGCCGGGUUAUACCACCAAUGAUGACCAUGGAGACGACGGAGAUGACACGAUACACCAAGCCGUCAAGUUCUACCAAAUGCCAAACUGCAUCAUGGCCGAGGUGGGACCGAAAGAUCCCAAGACUGUCGACCUGGCAUACAUCGACUUUGUCGAGCCGUGGGUGCUGCUGGCGUUGCGCUUCUUGGGCGUGAAAGUUCCCCCGGAGACGCCGCAGGUUUAUAUGGAUGACAAGAUCCUUGGCACCCAUAUAGAGGAUUUUAUUCGAGGUAAUAUAGACUGGAAACCAAAGGAUGGCCGAUGUUAAAUUUCUUGGUCUGGACAUUAAGCGUGCCUGUUUCCUUUUCGCGGCCUGUCACUGUAUAUCGGGAGUAUAAACCUAGGUGUUAGUUGACAUCCAAAUUAUGCUCUUGCCGCAAAGUUAUCCGAGAUAUUUGAACUUUCAUCUCGCCCCAUUAAUCUC